AGAGAGGUAACAAAGGAACUACUGGAGUUAGAAUUGCGAUUGCAAAGGAAGAUAUCUUACAAACCAAGAGAAUGCGUCUUAAAGAUGCUGCAAAGCAUCUCCAAGGUGGCCGAUCUACACUGGAACACAACCUUAUAUCUUGCCCCAACGAAACUCCCACUGUUGUUGAUCAAGAGGGAAUCCCACAAUUGAAUUCUGAUACUCUUCCUUUUGAUCAAGCCUUGGUGGCUACCAUUGACACAAAUACUAGUGUUGUUGUAAAGGACAUUCCGCAGCCACAGUUUUCGUUGACACAUCGACAAGAUAACCCAGAUGAUGAUUUUGGUAAGGAUGAAGUUGAGGUAGUUGGAAUGGUGGGUGAAGGAACAAGGGAUGGUAAAAUGGAAGAGGGUCAGUUGAAUUCCGAGUGUUUGGGAAAAGGAAAAAGGAAGGAAGAAACUUCAGGAGGCGAUAAAAGAAACAAGAAAACAAAUGGAGUUAAAAUUGCAAUUUCUUUGGACGACAUCUUACAAGCUGAAGGAAUGCUUCUUGAAGAUGCUGCUAAGAAUUUCAAGGUUAGUCAAUCUACAUUGAAGCGUGUCUGUCGAAAGUAUGGUAUCCUCAGUUGGCCACCUUCCAAGGGAAAUGAGCAUAUCAGUCAAUCUCACACUAAGGAAUCUCCUGCGGUUGUUGAUCAAGAGGGAGUCCAACAGUUGAAUUGUGAUAUUCUGCCUUCUCAUCAAGCAUUGGCAGUUAUUGUUGACACAAAUAGUGUUGUUUCGGUUGUUGAUCAAGAGGGAGUCCAACAGUCGAAUUGUGAGAUUUUGCCUUCUGAUCGAGCAUUGGCAGCUAAUAUUGACACAAAUAGUGUUGUUUUAAAGGCAAGAUGGGUAGAUGAUAUUAUAGUAAAGAUUCGUCUUCCUAAGCCUUGGAAAUUGGCAGAGCUAGAGCAACAAGUGAAAAAGAGGCUGAAAAUUGAUGCUGGAACUUAUUACAUUAGGUACAAAGAUGAGGAAAAUGAGCUUAUUACUAUAUUUUGCGAUGAGGAUUUAGAGGAAUAUAUAUCCAAUCCUAGACCGUUGAACACCUGUUCGAUAGAGGUUUUUCUUGUGCCAAAGUAGCCUAUAUAUUAAUUACCCGUUGACCAACUUGAAUCUUUGUCAUAAAGCAUUUUCCCUUCUACUGUAAAAGUGUUAGUUUGCUAUU